GACGGAUCGCACGCCAUGGCCACCGACGUCCUCAGCCGGGAGCAGGCUUUUUCCUUCCUCGCCAAAGUCGGGAUGGCGGACGGCGAAAAAAAUCUUCGAGAGGAACCGCGGAAAUUCCUCUCGGAUCUUAUAAAGGCCUUUCAAGCACAUUUGCCUUUCCAGUGCCUGAGUCUGCUGGCCCAGCCUCUGGAGGAGCGCCACGUUCCUACACCGGAGGAGAUCGUGGAGGCUGGAAUGAGCUUAGAGGGCGGCCUGUGCUUCACCCUCAACAACUUCAUGUGCCUUCUCCUAAGAGCUCUCGGUUUCAAGGCCGAUGUCCUUGAUGGAAACUUCUCCUUAUCAUGCUACCCACACACGCACAUCGUGGUCCUUCUUAGUGAUCUCAGUGCCCCAGGAGACAAUUACAUCAUCGACGUGGGCGGUGGGUUCCCAUUCUUAGAGAUGAUCCCUGUGAACGAUCUCCCAGUCACCCGGCACGAGGUCGGCCUGGAGUACCGGUACCAGUAUCUCAACGGGGCGGUGGUCAGGCUGCAUCGCCUGGGGCAAAUUGACGGCGAACGUGAACAGGUGGUCGUAGAAGGAGACUGGGCCCAGAUAUUUCACUUCGACCUGAACUCCGUCGAUGUAAACUUCGUCAGGCCGUACAUGAAGAAGAUCUACGUUGAAGAGGGCGACUGCGACUUUCUCCGGAGUAUAAGGGCAGUGCGUUAUCCCCCUGAAGCUGCAUUAAUGGAGAAGGGGAUCCUACCAGCACCAGAAGGCGAAGAGAGCGAGUCCCCCGCAGGCGAUCGUUGUCAGAAAAAGGAGGGAGUGGAAAGGCCAACGGCGGAAGGACCUGAGGAGAAACGGACAAUGCUUGCCUUCAAGGACCAGACCCUCAUCGUAGGUCCUAUGGACGGGGCCUCCAAGACGAAGGUGGAGGAGGACAUCUUGGCAGCCAGGAUAAAGAAAUACUUCCCGACCAUUCCUCCGGCCAAGGUCGACAUGGCAGUGCAGAGGUUUCUUGAGCUAGAGAGGCAAAAAAGCAAUCCCGUGUAGAAAGGGAAAUAUAAUUCUUAUUUCUUUAGUCACAUAUUCACAUGCUAACCA